AUGGGAUCGGCUCUAAGCGCGCUGCCGGGAUAUCGUUAUCGUGAAAGCGACGAAAACCAGAACUCUUCAAGUGGCGAGCAGCGUUAUUACUUCAACGAAAAUGCGGAAACUGGCAUUUUCACGCCGAACUACAUCAUGGGCGGGCAGAAGUUCGAAACGACCGAUCCGCAGAAGUUUUUAUUUGGCUCUAUCUCGGACUUAAAUUACUUGGGUCCGUACGGCCCAGCAGGAUCGGACUCGUCAAACUUGCCAAAGCUGAACCUUCGCGGAACGAAUAGCCACCCUGGCUACGUUCGCCCGAUAAACGUGCUCAUCAAUGAAACAAAAGAAGAGGCCGAGAAAUUUCAAUGGUUUCAUGUCGAGUUUACUGUCGACUGCUCUGUCCCUUGCCUAGCAAGGAUUCACUAUGGAGUGAAGGAGACGCCGAAAGGGCAGCUAGUUCCAGUUUCAGAGUCGUCAACGAAAUCUGAUCAGCUCGAGUUCGCCGCUGGCAUGGAUCAACAGUUUUGCAUGCUCAACCACAGAAUUUGCCCGUCCAAGCUCAAAAAAUCCGACAAAGAGGAGGAAAGAUGGACUUGGGAGCACAUCGAAGUCGUAAUUCAACUAAGAACAAAAAGUGAACCGACCGAACAAAUCUUCUUUACUUAUUGCGUCUUCGAAAAAAAUUCUCAAGAUAAUUGGUCACUAAAAGCUGUAAAACAACGUGUGCGUAUCGGAAAAUUCGCUUUCUCCCUCCAAGAAAUUUACGGAAUCGAGAAGAAAACGAAAGGCGAAGAAUUAGAGUCAGAAUGUGCUAUUUGUUGGGACGACCCACGCGAUACGUUAAUACUGCCUUGUCGCCAUCUAGCCGUGUGCGCCGAAUGCGCCGAAAAGAUUCGAUAUCAACAGUCCUCUUGUCCUAUCUGCCGAAAGCCCUUCAAAGCAUUGCUCAAACUUCAUAUACCAAAUAUGACAAAGCCUCUCUCAGAAGUCCUGAACUCAUUACCAGACGGGAAAGCAAAGAAGUCCCCUGAAUCGCCAAGGUCAACCAAGUCACCCAAAUCGCCAAAGUCACCGAAAUCUCCCAAAUCACCGCCUGCUCCAAAGUCGCAGGAAGAAAGAAAAGAGAGUGAACCUUCCAACGAGGAGAAAACAAGCGAUGAGAAGACCCUCGAGGACACUUCCGAAAAGUCAAGCAAAGAGGAUGAAGAACCAGAAGAAAAAGAGCUGGAAAAAAGCAAUCCGGUAGAUGAAAAGGCGAAGAGUGACACACAUAAUACCUCUUCUUUCAAUAACAUAAAGAAGGUGAAACAAGCGGAAAGUGCAAACGCGAAGGUGAGCCAAGAUUCGGGAAUCGCAUCCAUCAGUCGCCGUGAUUCUGAGCUUUCUAUUGCUGAUGAAGCUACAGCUCUGAAAACAUCAAAAGCAUCCGAUGACUCGGGCGGUUCCGCUGAUUCAACUAAAUUUCUGCUGCAUGAUUCUGCCGUCCAUGUCUAA